AUGGCUCGCCACGCUCGACGCAUCCCUCCGCCUUCAGGUGCUGGCGCAAUGCCCCCUAGCUCUGCCGCCGCAACCCGAUCCACGCCACGCGUACCCAACCGACUCAACCUCACCAUCAUCCUCGCCCUCCAGCCCGUCUUUCUGCUCGCAACCGCCUUCUUUAUCGCAUCUCCGCUCCUCGCAGACCCGCCACACGCACAGAGCGCCGACACCGAGAUAGCCUCCAAGUACGCCGCAAGGCUCGCUGCCACGGACGGCGCCGUCCUCGUCACUGCAGCCUGGAAGGCCCUCGUCGCCGUCUUUGUCGUCCAGGGCUGGUGGUGCACCCGCAUCGCAAGGUGGUGCCGCGCAGCCACCCAGCAGCAGCCUGCCCCAACCGAGAAACAAGUCGCUGCCUCUGCAUCGUCGUCAAAGAUCAAGGCUGCUGCUGCCGCCGACGGUCAGCCUGGCGACGAGCGCAUCGGCAAAAGGGACGUCGAGGACGUGGCACUGUCCAUCUUUUCGCUGCCGCUGCUCGUCGUCUUCUUCAACGUGGUCGUCAUCCUCUUUGGCGCGCCAGUGUCGGCCCUCAAGAGCACCACGCUGCUUUCGUGCUACCUGGCGCUGCUCGUAGGCCUGCCGCUCGUCCACGUGCUGGGCGUGCCGUUCCUCUCGUUGCCGUCGCCAUCUUCCUCUGCGACGCCAAGGAAUGGCAUCACUUCCGCCCCGAGCGCAUCGGGGCAGGGUGGAGAACAACACCUGCUGUGGACGCAGCUUGUCACGCUCGACAUCGCGCACCACCCCGCCAUCCUGCCGCUCGUGGUUCCUGCCGUGACCGUGCUCAGCACCGCCGCCACGCUGGGCACGGCCGCGCUCGCGCUCGACUGGGAGCGGCAGUGGCAGACGUUCCCCCUCCCCUGCAUCGCCGCCGCCGUUGCCGGGCUGAUGGCGGGAAACACCCUCACGGCUGUGUGGGCGUGGCGCCAGUGA